GUCUAUAGAUACAUAUUGAACAUACAUUGUUGCUUCAUUCUGAACCUUCUUUUCUUUUUUGUGUAAUAUAAUACAGUAGCCAUUAACAAACCAUAUAUAAUAUAAUCUCUUGUUACAAAACAUAUUACUCUAUCAUAUUGUUCUUCCUUUGGAUAUUAAUUUUGAGUUAUGCAUUGUUCCACUUCUAAUCAUAGUAGUUUCAGUAGAGUUAGCCAUGCUUAAAAGAUAUUUAAUAUAUAUCUAGUUCGAUUUUAGAAAGAUAAUACAUAUAAAUAUAUUAUAAAGACUCAAAUAUAUUUGAGACAGUUAUCUAAUGAAAUAAAUUGUUCAUUAUAGGUAUGAGCAGUUGUGGAGAUUUUUGCAAUCUACAACAUUAUGAAUCUGAAUUUGGUAUAACUCAAAACACAGAAUUUGAAUCUAAAGAAAUACUGCACUACCAAUAAAAAAUAAAUUAAAUAAUGACGUGUAAAUUCUUUUCUGAAAAUAUCCAAAAUAAGAUAUUUUCCCAAUUAUGAUUAUUUACUCAUCUAUUAGCGACUUAACUCUGAUAUAAAAUAAGGAAACAAAAUUCUGAUCUUUUAAUAGAUAAUAUACCAUAUGUAAAAAUUAGAUUCCGUAAUUUUUUUUUUCCAUAAUUCAAAUAUACUAUAUAUAGUACUUUUACCAAGUGAUUGUAAUUGCCAGCUCACUCAAUAUCUGCCACGUCAUUAUUUUACUUCCAAUGUCUGAAAUUUCCUUAUUAAAAAAAUCCCAAGUUAUGGAAAAUUUUAUUUCUAAAACAUAACUCAGAACUCUAUAAAUACAACACUAGCAAAACGUUAUCCCCUACUCGUAUACAUUGAAAGACAAUUUGCAAUAAGAAUUAAUUCAAAGUUUUUGCAUGAUGGAAUCAUCAAGAUCACAAGCAUAUCAGAUGGAGCACCAACCUUUCGGAAAAUUGAUCCGAGUUUUGGCGAUUGAUGGUGGUGGAGUUAGAGGGAUAAUCCCCGGAGUUAUCCUCGAAUUUCUCGAGUCACAACUUCAGAAAUUGGAUGGUGAAGAUGCUCGACUUGCAGAUUACUUUGACGUAAUCGCAGGCACAAGCACAGGAGGUCUCAUCAGUGUAAUGCUUACCGCUCCAAACGAAAAGAAUCGACCAUUGUUUGCUGCGAAAGAUAUUAAAAAUUUCUACCUUGAGAACUGUCCGGAAAUAUUUCCCCAAGAGAGGGAUAAUCUUGUUAGUCACACUGCAACGACGCUCAAGUGUUUUUUAUCUGGUCCGAAAUAUGACGGAAAAUAUCUUCGAGCCCUACUCAAGAAGAAACUUGGAAACACAAAAUUGCAUGAAACAUUGACAAAUAUUGUUAUUCCAACUUUUGAUAUUAAAAAGAUGAGCCACACUAUCUUCUCCAGCUAUCAGGUAAAAAACGACCCAAGCUUAGAUGCUUCGCUCUCGGAUAUUUGCUUAGGAACUUCAGCCGCUCCGACUUAUCUCCCAGCACACUACUUCAAAACAAGAGAUUCAAAGGGCAAGAAAACAAAAUUCAACCUUAUUGAUGGCGGGAUUGCUGCUAACGAUCCGUGUUUCAUAGCAAUAGCUGAAAUAAUAAGGAUGAAGAUGGAUGAAGAAAAUGAUAGUAUUUUUCAUCGAAGUCCAAAAGAAGAAGGUCGAUUUCUAGUAUUGUCUCUAGGAACUGGUUCAGAACAAGUUCAUAAGUAUGACGCCAAAAAAGCAUCAAAGUGGAGUACUUUGAGAUGGUUGAUCAAAAAUCGUAAAUCGAAGCCCUUGUGGGAUGUCAUUUCUCAAGCUAUACAAAACAUCACUAAUUACUACGGUUCCACUUUUAUUGGAGCCCUUCACUCUAGUGGAAAUUUUCUAAGAAUCCAGGACGAGACUUUAGUCGGUGUAACGUCGUCUGUGGACGUUGCAACAAAGAAGAAUUUGAAAAAUCUCGUCAAAGUUGGAGAGGACUUGCUGAAAAAGCCAACUUCAAGACUGGAUUUGCGUACCGGAAAAUACGUUCCAUCUGCUGAUCAAGGAACAAACGAGGAGGCGCUUAUUCGGUUACCAGCAAUACUUUCCAAAGAGAAACGGCUACGUCAGGAUAUUGUUAGGAAAAGAGAAUCAUCCGAUUGGAACGAUUUUCUCGAACGUUGGGUGAUUGAUUCAUCAACUGAUUAUUUUUUUAAGCAAAGUUGAUAUGUCAUCCUCUAGUCUCUACUUGCAUUAAUUUAAUUUUGUUUUUUUUUUUUCAUUUUUUUAAUUGAAAUUUCUCUAGUUCUGGUUGUAUGCACAGAUAUUCAUAAUUCAAUACAAGUUAUUUUUAUAGUUCUU